UCCGCCACUACCUGCGCCUGGAGAUCAGCGAGAGCCGGGUGCCCAUCAGCUGCCCCGAGUGCAGCGAGCGACUGAACCCGCACGACAUCCGCCUGCUGCUCGCUGACCCGCCGCUCAUGCACAAGUACGAGGAGUUCAUGCUGCGCCGCUACCUGGCCUCGGACCCCGACUGCCGCUGGUGCCCGGCCCCGGACUGCGGUUAUGCUGUUAUUGCCUAUGGCUGUGCCAGCUGCCCAAAGCUAACCUGUGAGAGGGAAGGCUGCCAGACUGAGUUCUGUUACCACUGCAAGCAAAUAUGGCAUCCAAAUCAGACAUGCGAUAUGGCCCGUCAGCAGAGGGCACAGACUUUGCGAGUUCGGACCAAGCACACUUCAGGUCUCAGUUAUGGGCAAGAAUCUGGACCAGCAGAUGACAUUAAGCCAUGCCCACGAUGCAGUGCUUAUAUUAUCAAGAUGAAUGAUGGAAGCUGUAAUCACAUGACCUGUGCAGUAUGUGGCUGUGAAUUCUGUUGGCUUUGUAUGAAAGAGAUCUCAGACUUGCAUUACCUCAGUCCCUCUGGCUGUACAUUCUGGGGCAAGAAGCCAUGGAGCCGUAAGAAGAAAAUUCUUUGGCAGCUGGGCACAUUGAUUGGUGCUCCAGUGGGGAUUUCUCUCAUUGCUGGCAUUGCCAUUCCUGCCAUGGUCAUUGGCAUUCCCGUUUAUGUUGGAAGGAAGAUUCACAGCAGAUAUGAGGGAAGGAAAACCUCCAAACACAAGAGAAAUUUGGCUAUCACAGGAGGAGUGACUUUGUCAGUCAUUGCAUCCCCGGUUAUUGCUGCAGUUAGUGUUGGCAUUGGCGUCCCCAUUAUGCUGGCAUACGUCUAUGGGGUUGUGCCCAUUUCUCUCUGUCGUGGAGGUGGCUGUGGAGUCAGCACAGCCAAUGGAAAGGGAGUAAAAAUUGAAUUUGAUGAAGAUGAUGGUCCAAUCACAGUGGCAGAUGCCUGGCGAGCCCUCAAGAAUCCCAGCAUUGGGGAAAGCAGCAUCGAAGGUCUGACUAGCGUACUGAGCACUAGUGGAAGCCCUACUGAUGGACUCAGUGUUAUGCAAGGCCCUUACAGCGAAACAGCCAGCUUUGCAGCCCUCUCAGGGGGCACGCUGAGUGGCGGCAUUCUCUCUAGUGGCAAGGGAAAAUACAGCAGGUUAGAAGUCCAAGCCGAUGUCCAAAAGGAAAUUUUCCCCAAAGACACAGCCAGUCUUGGUGCAAUUAGUGACAACGCAAGCACUCGUGCUAUGGCCGGUUCCAUAAUCAGUUCCUACAACCCACAGGACAGAGAAUGCAACAAUAUGGAAAUCCAAGUGGACAUCGAAGCCAAACCAAGCCACUAUCAGCUGGUGAGUGGAAGCAGCACGGAGGACUCACUCCAUGUUCAUGCUCAGAUGGCAGAGAAUGAAGAAGAAGGUAGUGGUGGUGGAGGAGGCAGUGAAGAGGAUCCCCCCUGCAAACACCAAAGCUGUGAACAGAAAGACUGCCUGGCCAGCAAACCUUGGGACAUCAGCCUGGCCCAGCCCGAGAGCAUUCGCAGUGACCUAGAAAGCUCUGAUACGCAGUCAGACGAUGUGCCAGACAUCACCUCAGAUGAAUGUGGCUCCCCCCGAUCUCAUACUGCAGCUUGCCCCUCGACCCCCAGAACCCAAGGUGCACCGAGCCCAAGUGCCCAUAUGAACCUCUGUGCCCCAGCUGAGGGACAGACUGUCUUGAAGCCAGAAGGUGCAGAAGCUAGAGUAUGAAGUGGAAUGAAUGCUCCUGUUUUGAGAAGCACACUUGUUGUAACUGCAUCUUUUGAAAUCUUUUUGGGAGAAGGUGGGGAUUUAUGCAUUUUAUUUCAAAGAGUCUCUGGUCACAGGCUUUCCCCAGGGCAGUUCUGAGGAAUUUGCAAUUUCUUACCAGAUAAAACAUGAAAGUUUAGGCCUUAGUCCGCUUUCCCUUGCCACCCCCUCCCCCCACUUUUUUUAGUUUUAAUUUAUUGGUUAAACUGAUGAUGGCGGUCCAUGAGGUGUGUCAAAGAGUGUAUAUAUAUGUAUGUGUGUAUAUUGUAUGUCUGCUAACAUAUUACUGAAGGACACAUUUUAAUAAAGAUUUCUGUUGUAAUUGAA